AUGGAGAACGAGGCAUUCUCUUGGCUUAUUCCGACGCAUCGCAGCCUACGGGAAAUUCGUGCGCACUCAAGACGUCCGAUCGAGGACGAAGGACUGCUUAAGGCAGAAACACGUGCUUCUUUGCGGAGGUCCGUCGCGACAUGCGACUCAGGAAAUGAAGACAUACCACGGUCUUAUGCUCCGAAGGAACAAACCAUCUUUCGAAGCAUUUAUUUUGGAGGCGGAACACCGUCGCUCAUACCACCUCCUCUCCUGGAACGGGUUUUGAAUGUCCUGGACAAAGAAGCUCGUCAGCUGUCCCCGGCGGGUGCGGGGAGCUUUCGGCCUCCAAUACAUAAACCACAAAUCGCUGGCGGCGAUGGCGUUGAAGACACGGUGUGUCAACUGGACGCAGAAAUUCAGCAUGAUAGCAAUUCAUCGGGCAUUGGCGCCCGCAGGUUAGUCGAAGAGCUCAGCAUUGAAAUUGAACCAAGUACCAUCGUCUCCGAGAAACAACUGGAAACACUGGUGCAGCUCGGAUUCACGCGAUUUAGCGUCGGUGUGCAAACGUUCGACGACACUAUUCUGAAACGUUUGGGGAGAGCGAAUACUCGCGCUGCGAAUAUCCGAGUGCUGCGUUCCCUGCAAAAACUUGUUCACGAAUACAAAGGACGGGGACAGAGACUUUCUAUAUCGACCGACGUGCUGCUGUCGUUUCAAGGGCACGAGCAGCUUCUUGAAGACCUGCGACUGUGUACGGACCUUGGCGCCUCCCACAUAUCGCUUUACGGAAUGCAGAUAGAACGCAAAUCCGUGUUCGGGCGAACGCUGCCACGAGACCUGCCGACUGAGGAUGAAGCUGCUGAUCUCCUCAUUGAAGCGCACCAGUGGCUCCUUCGUCACGGGUUCGAACACUACGAAGUCUCUUCUUUUGCCCGGAUCGAUGAAGACAUCCAUCGCGCUCGCCGGCGCACGGACGUGUUCGGGAGUGUGGUGCGGGGGGGCGGCGGAGAACAGGGCCAUCGCUGCUUGCAUAACGAGGCCUACUGGCGACUGGAACCUUUCUUCGGCUUCGGCAUGGGCGCCUCUUCACUCGUAAACCUCCACAGGUGGACGAGACCGGACAGGCUAGGGCCUUACCUGAGAUGGGUGCGAGGCCCUCUAGCGCGCGAGGGGUUUUUCGCCGCAACCGCUACUCCACCAGCCCUGCACAAAUGCCCGCCGCGUUAUCAAGGCAGACACCUGUUACGCGAGCUUGGAGUGGGCUGUUUCGCUAUCGGGAUCGGGAAUCGCGAUAUCUUCCAUCAGGCAAGCUUCCAGCGGGAUUCAAAUCACUCUCUUGAAACACGCUCAGCUGCACAAGCCGGUGUUCGCACUCCACAAGCCGUGAAAACACUCGACACCUUUUCGGCCUCAAAGACCGCAGAGGCGCCUGCCCCUCUGGACAAGGGGAACGACUCCAGUAUUCUGCCAGCGGAAGACCAAGCGCCGCUGCCGUCUGAACCAUGCCCUCGUGGGACGUCGUGUCCGGCGGAGCGCUGCAGCGGUGAAGAGGCUGUCCUGCAGCGGACACACCACCAACUGGCGGUGGAGGCCAUCGUGUCUGCGCUGCGCACCGACGACGGCGUCGACCUCUGUGCUCUGGCUGACUUGGAUCGGAUGCUAUUGAGCCGCAAAACUGAAGAUAAGUGCGGCUUAUCUACGAGCGACGGGAUUGACGUGCCGGAGUCUGCAGAGGGGCCCCUGCUCCAAGGGGUCGCCAAAGGCGUCCGGAACGCCCUGCGUGCGGGUACGGCGGAGAUUCUUGUGUCCGGACAACUCCCGGUGGGGUCCGCGCUUGAACGCCUGCUGACGAAAUGGAAGGAAGACCAGAAAUCACCGUCUGGAGGCGCAGAAACGACUUGCGGGGAGGCAGUGGUAACGAACGGCGCUGGGCGUGCGAGCUGCGCCCGCAUCUUGCGUGACCUUGAUUCGGAAUCCGGAGCACCAGCAAGCGCCAGCCUGGCCGUUCACGAGAAAUCGUCGCAGUCCUCAAACGACGGUGAGCCUGUAGACCGACUCUGCUGUGAAGGGCUAUCGUGCGACGCUGGCAGCGUGAAAGACAGUGACACUGUCUUGCGGGUGGCGCUGACAUCAAGAUUGGUGGACUCGGAAUGCCCCCGGAGCGGUGAAACUACAUCGGAUCUAGCUGUAGGGGACGCGACGGAGAACAGAAGGUUGCGGCAGCCCACCCACGAGCUUUCGGCUCGGCUACGACUCCGGGCCCCCAGAGGGUUUCUGGUCAGCAACGAUAUUCUCAGCGACAUUCUCUGUGCAAUCGACGAGUGCGAGAAACGAACCCGGCAGUACUGA